GGUUUAGCCAAUUACGAAAAAAACCAACAUGUGAAUAUUUCUGAUUAUUUUUACUAUCAUUUGUUUUACGUUCCUGGACGUGGUUGACGAACUGUUUGGCUACAUUCUUUCUUUAACCUGUUAAGUAUAGUUGAGUUCCUGCAAAGGCAGUUUGUCAAAAGAUGUUUGUCCUCACCGAGAUGAAGGAUACAGUCAGGAUACCUCCUCGACUCUUCAAUAUCAACCUGUAUGAUGGCAUUGUGGAAUCUCUCAAUAAGAAAUUUGCAAACAAAGUUGUGCAUAAUGUUGGCUUGUGUAUAGCACUGUGGGAUGUCACGACAGUUGAAGACAGCUACAUAUUUCCUGGAGACGGCUCCUCCCAUACAGUUGUCCACUUCCGCUAUGUGGUGUUCCGUCCGUUCAUGGAAGAGAUUCUCCAGGGCAGGAUCAAAAGCUGCAGCAAAGAAGGGGUCCACGUUACUCUUGGUUUCUUUGAUGACAUCCUGAUAGCGGCAGAUGCACUACAGCAUCCAGCACGAUUUGAUGAAAAUGAGCAGGUGUGGGUGUGGGAGUAUGCAACAGAGGAUGGUAGUCACGACCUCUUCAUGGAUGUCGGGGAAGUAAUAAGAUUCCGAGUGGCGGAAGAAACCUUCGUUGAUACCACCCCUUCUGUACCAGAGUCGGGAAGUGACGCCAAGGACACCUAUGAUGGAGAUCUUAAAAAAUCACCAUAUUCUAUUGUGGGUUCAAUCAGCGAGCCGGGUCUUGGAUUAUUGAGUUGGUGGAAUAAUACGUGACGUUAUCAAAUGUAUAUUUUGUUAAGAAUAUUCAAAAUUAUUGUCAAAGGACAGUCGGCCCUUCACAUUUGAUGUGCUGGGAGAAUGGCAAUUGUGACUUUAGAAUUGGAAACAUUUGCUUCAACUGGAUGUGAAAAUCGCGCAGUUACCUUGUGAGGAGAUGCCCUGGAGUAGACACUUUUUAUUGUGCUCAGUUGCGAGGCCUAGAGAGGUUAGACACUUGACCAGCCAGAAAAGAGCAAAGUUAAUUGAUGCUUUUUGCUAUACUGAUAGAUAAUGUGUUUAUUUGGUUACCAUGGAUGGUAUUAUUGCUGGCAAAGUCGUCUCUGAUAAUAAAUGAAGUUAUCA